CUGUGGUGCUCUUGUGUAGCGAGCAGGGAAGUGUAGGCCGCAUGUGCGCUGUUCUACCAUACAGAGAGUAAUCUACGCAUCAACUUCAUCACCUAAUCACCCUUUCAUUAAUUUAACGGUCGACGAAAAUAUGCCCAAGAAAUCUAAAGAUGUGGCGGAGUGGGAGGGAGACGAGGAAUCCCAGUCAGACAAAGUUGUCAAGAAAGGAAAGAAAGACAAGAAAGGGAAGAAGAGUUUCUUCGAUGAGCUGUCCUCGGAAAGUAAGGCAGAGAAGACUGAAGAGCCAGCAGUGAAAGAGACACAAGGAAAGCAGCCUCAAAAGAAAAAGAAGGACCGGCGGAAAGGGAAAGCUGCGGACGUGGAGGAUGACGAUGAAGACGUCAUGCAGCGACUCAAGAAACUGUCUGUCCAACCAAGCGAUGAGGAAGAGGAAGAGGUAAUAGCAGCUCCUGUGAAAGGUGGAAAGAGAAACAAGGGUGGCAACAUAUUCGCUGCCCUGAGCCAGGGGCAGAGUGAUGAAGAGGACGAUGCAGAUGGUGACGAUGACGACAUCGAUGAUGAUGAUAAACCUAAAAAUAAGAAAAGCUCUAAGGAGGUUUCCAGAGGAAAGAAAAAUGAUAAGGCUAAGACUAAGAAAUCUAAGGGAUCUGAUGAGGAACCUGAUGAGGAGCUGGAGAAAAAGGUUGAGAAUGACAAGAAGGGGGUGAAGAACAACAAGAAAACAGGCAGUAGAGCAUCUAAGGACGAGGAUGAGGAGAUGGAGGAAAAACCUCAGAAGGCUGCUGUAAAGAAAGAACAGCCAAAGAGAGGCAAGCCUGCUCGGCAACCUCCUAGUGAGGAUGAGGAAGAGAAAAGCGAUGACAAUGACACCAUGAGGAGUGCAGAGGACGCUCUUGUUGCAGAGCAGAGUAAAGAGCAGCAGGAAGACCCCUACGCCAACCUGAGUAAAAAGGAGAAGAAGAAGAAAAAGAAGCUGAUGGAGUACGAGCGGCAGGUGGCUAGUGUCCGUGCUCAGAACGCCACAGAGGGAGAUUUCUCAGUCUCUCAGGCUGAGCUGUCGUCAAGGCAAGCCAUGCUGGAGAACGCCUCUGAUAUAAAGCUGGAGAGAUUCAGCAUCUCGGCUCACGGGAAGGAGCUUUUUGUCAACGCUGAUCUUCUGAUCGUGGCCGGUCGCCGCUACGGUCUGGUCGGACCAAACGGGAAAGGAAAAACCACGUUACUGAAGCACAUUUCCAACAGAGCUCUCAGCAUUCCUCCUAAUAUCGAUGUGCUGCUCUGUGAACAAGAGGUGGUCGCUGAUGACACUCCGGCCGUGCAGGCUGUGCUGAAGGCGGACACGAGGCGCCUGAAGUUGCUGGAGGAGGAGAAGAGGCUGCAGGCCUUGCUUGAGAAGGGCGAGGACAGUGCCUCUGAGAGACUAGAGAAGGUGUAUGAGGAGCUGAGGGCAAUCGGAGCAGCGGCAGCAGAGCCCAAGGCUCGCAGGAUCCUGGCUGGUUUGGGCUUCACCUCUGAAAUGCAGAACAGACCCACUAAGAAGUUUUCAGGUGGCUGGAGGAUGAGAGUAUCACUCGCCAGAGCUCUGUUCAUGGAGCCCACCCUGUUGAUGCUGGACGAGCCAACCAACCACCUCGACCUCAAUGCUGUCAUCUGGCUCAACAACUAUCUGCAGAGCUGGAAGAAGACCCUGCUGAUUGUGUCCCACGACCAGAGUUUCUUAGACGAAGUCUGUACAGAUAUCAUUCACUUGGACAACCAGAAACUCUAUUACUACAGGGGCAACUACUUGACGUUUAAGAAGAUGUACGUGCAGAAGCAAAAGGAGCUCCUGAAGCAGUAUGAGAAACAGGAGAAAAAGCUGAAAGAGCUGAAAGCUGGAGGAAAAUCCACUAAACAAGCUGAGAAACAAACAAAGGAGGUUUUGACUAGGAAGCAGCAGAAAGGCAAGAAGAAGGGACAGGAAGAGGAAAGUCACGAGGCCCCAGAGCUCCUGAAAAGACCUAAAGAAUACACCGUGAAGUUCACUUUUCCAAACCCACCGCCUCUCUCUCCACCCAUUCUUGGCCUCUACAGUGUGGACUUUGGCUACGUUGGUCAGAAGCCUCUGUUCAGAAAUGUUGAAUUUGGUAUUGAUAUGGAGUCUCGAAUUUGUAUAGUUGGACCAAACGGUGUUGGAAAGAGUACACUCCUACUUCUGCUGACAGGGAAGUUGACUCCUACCAAAGGCGAGAUGAGGAUGAAUCACCGCUUGAAAGUGGGCUUCUUCAACCAGCAGUAUGCUGAUCAGCUGAACAUGGAGGAGUCUCCCACAGAGUAUCUGCAGAGGAAUUUCAAUCUGCCAUACCAGGACAGCAGGAAGUGUCUCGGCCGCUUCGGUCUAGAGAGCCACGCGCACACUAUACAGAUUUCUAAACUCUCUGGCGGCCAGAAAGCAAGAGUGGUAUUUGCUGAACUUUCUUGUCGCCAACCGGACGUCCUGAUUUUGGACGAGCCCACCAACAACCUGGACAUUGAGUCAAUCGAUGCUUUAUCAGAAGCCAUCAAUGAAUACAAAGGAGCUGUGAUCAUCGUGAGCCACGAUGCCCGGUUGAUUACUGAGACUCAGUGCCAGUUGUGGGUGGUGGAAAACCGGUCGAUAAACAACAUCGACGGUGACUUCGAAGACUACAAGAGAGAAGUGCUGGAGGCUCUUGGAGAAACGCUGGUUAACAAGCAAAAAGAGUGAACGUUCGACAAGGGGAUGCGAGAUGCUUCGUUUUCAGUGCCGUAAUUUACUCGCACAAACCCUGAUGCUUCAGUCUCGACACCUACAACGAAAGUUCAUCAUUAAAACCUCAGUGUGAGGCAGACUGACACAGUGUAACUGGUUUCUGGACUUUUUUUUUUUUUAUAAACAAACCAAAUUCUCUGAAUGGGUGUGCAGGCUGACUUAAAAAUCUGUUGAUUUUAAAGUCUUGGUUUUGAUUUAUUGUCAGCUUUUUCAGGAAGUACAGUUUGAACUUCACCAGCAUUUAACCUACAUAGUGUUUUUCUAAAUAACCUACAGGAGGGCUGCAUGUUAUGGAUAAAAAUCGCACAUUGCCAUUAUGAUUGAUUUGUCCUGCAUUAGUUUAACACCCCCCCCCCCCCCCCCCCCCCCCAUCCAGAAAGUUUGAUCUGGAACCUUCAUUACAACCUCCCAGUACACAGUUUAGUCUGAGCUUUUGCAAUAUUAGCAAUUAAUAUUGCAAAGGCCACUAUUAAUAUAUAACAUUAACAUUAUAUCUAUGGUGCAGCCUUAAUUGCAUUAGUGCAAAAUUGAAACGCAACUAAACAUAAUGGGAUCUUACUUGCGCAUCUGAGUAUUGACAAUACAAAUAAAUACAUUUUGCAGUA